AUGCCGAAUAAAAUCUUUGUAAGUGGACUGGGCAAUAAUAAAGCUGGAGCUACCCGAGGAGCUGUCAAAUUAGAAGUAAAAUCUGUUUACGAAGACGAAACUAUUCAUAUGCUUGCUCAUAUAUUUACAAAAUUAACCUCUAAACUACCAUGUGUAAAUUUGAAAAUUAAUUGCUGGGAUGAGAUCAAAGACCUCCCCCUGGCUGAUAAUAAAUUUUAUAUUCCUAAAGAAAUUGAUAUUUUAAUUGGAUUUGACUAUUUCUUUUCCCUAAUUAGAGAGGGUAGGAUUUUAAAGGACGGCAAUCUAUUGGCUCAAAAUACUUCAUUUGGUUGGGUAAUUUGCAGCGGAUGUACAAUGGAAGAAUCAGUCACUGUAUGUAAUGCCACUAGUCAAAUUAGUGCAUAUGAAGAUCUUAACAAAGCCUUAAGAUUAUUUUGGGAAGUCGAGAGCCUUAACAAUAUUAAAAAGCCGUCCUUAGCUGCGGAAGAUCAAAGGGCAGAAGAUUUAUAUUGCACUACAACAACCCGAGGUGAAAGAUAUGCGGUUAGAUUGCCUUUUAAGCAAAACCCUGAGCUGGGCAACUCCUUUACUGGAGCCUUAAGAAGACUAAAUUCUAUGGAACGUAAGUUUAAAGCUAAUAUUAAUCUAAAAAAUGCGUACUCUGAAUUUAUGAAUGAAUAUAUUUCAUUGGGCCAUAUGGCACUUAUUCCUAAAAAUGAAAUUAAUCGCCCCGCAGCAAAGGUGUACUAUUUACCACACCAUGCUGUGGUAAAAGAUUCAAGUCUUACCACAAAACUUCGUGUGGUUUUUGAUGGUUCUAGCCAAUCAUCAAACGGACAAUCUCUAAAUGAUAAUUUACUGAGAGGUCCCGUAUUACAACAAGACCUAAUGGCAGUCCUACUACGCUAUAGGUGUAAUAAAUUUGUUUUUGCGGCUGAUAUUAAACAAAUGUUUCGCAUGAUUGAUAUCCAAGAGUGCGACCGUGAUUAUCAGAGAAUUUUGUGGAGAGAUGACCCUACUGAAGAAAUAAGGCACUAUAGGCUUACUACAGUGACCUACGGUACUACCUCUGCACCCUAUCUGGCAAUACGUACCCUUUUACAAUUGAGUGAAGACGAGAGUGAGCGUUUCCCACUAGCUUGUGAAGCAUUAAAAACCUGUUUUUAUGUUGACGAUUGUAUGGCUGGCUCCAACACUAUAAAUGAUGCCCAAAAAUUAGCGGGAGAAUUAAACCAGUUGCUUGCGGCUGGCGGCUUUCGGUUAAGAAAAUGGGCAACUAAUGAGAGUAAAGUUUUAACUAACAUUCCUGAGGAAGAUAAAAUUGAGAGUAUUGUAAACAUACCUACAGAUAUUACUGUAUGCCUUCUCGGUGUUAUAUGGAAUCCGGCUAUUGAUUGCUUUUCUUAUAAAGUAAAAACUGCUGACUACUACAUUGAUACUAAAAGAAAGCUUCUAUCUGAAAUAUCGAAAAUCUUCGAUCCCCUUGGCUGGAUCUCACCUGUCAUAAUAGCCGUUAAAAUAAUUAUGCAAAAACUAUGGCUAAUUAGUGUUGGCUGGGACGAUCAGCUUCCCAUUGAAAUUAAAACUAUGGCUGAACAGCUGUUUUCUGAAUUUCACUUAUUGAAUAAUAUUAAUAUUCCCAGAAUUAUUUUCUCUUCAGAAACUAACGUUACUUAUCAUGGAUUUUGUGAUGCGUCUAGCGCAGCCUAUGCAGCAGUUGUCUAUUGUUGUAAAACAUCAGCAGAUGGUGAGAUCUCUUCUAACAUAGUUAUGGCUAAAACAAAGGUGGCUCCAAUAACAAUGGUGUCAAUUCCCCGGCUAGAAUUGUGUGCCGCAUAUCUACUGGCUCAAAUUUUUGAAUAUUUAAUGCCCGUGCUGCAUAUAAGCAAAAAUAAUAUUGUAUGCUGGUCCGACAGUAAAACUGUGUUGGCCUGGCUAUCAUCACAUCCCACCAAAUGGAAAACUUUCGUUGGUCAUCGAACUGGGUAUAUUCUUGACACACUUCCUGAUGUUAAGUGGCGAUAUGUUCCAACUAAAUUAAAUCCAGCUGAUUGUGCUAGUAGAGGAGUUAGAUCUAGCUAUCUAGUUGAUAAUCUAAUGUGGUUUCAAGGGCCAUCUUUUCUACUGAAGGACUCAACUGAGUGGCCAAGUCCUGUAAAAGAUUUAAAAACUAAUGAAGAAUUACGUUUAGAAGAGCAGGUUGUUUUGACUACAACACUAUCUUUGAAUGUGAUUGAAAUAUUAAAUGAAAGAAUGUCACGUUUCACUCGAUUAGCAGGAAUACCACGACGAUAUUCAGAUUACCCAGAUGCUUACACAACUUGA